AUGAAACGCGUUCUUCUUGGAAUUUGUGGAAUUUGCAUUUUUGUUGCUUCGGCGUGUGGCCUUUCCCGGAGAGCAGCAGACCUGCGCCUCCCAGCUGGCGUUGCUGCUGAGCGGCGCCGGCACUUUGCUGCUGCUGCGCCCCUCAGAGAAGCCCCAAAAGAAAAUGCAAGGCUCUACACAAUUGUACAAAGUGAAAAAGGAGAUAAUUGGGACAAUUGGGGCUCUUCAGGUGCAGCUUUCCCGGCAAAGGGGGCCCGGGGCCCCCCCAGGCGCCGUGCUGCAGCGGGAGCCCUCCGGCAGCAGCAUCGGAAGCUGUUAGAUUUCAGCGCCGAAGGUAUCGAGAACAAAAAAGACAUUUUCCUUCAACUAAGGGGAGAAAACGAGCCCGCUAGCUCUGCUGCUGCUGCUGCUGCUGCUGCUGCUGCAGCGGGAGAGCCGCCAGCCAACGGCCAGCAGACAGCCGCAGCGGAGAAGCCCAGGGCUGCAGACAACUCUGCAGCGCCUGCUGCAGAAGGCUCUGCUGCUGAUGCUGCAGCCUCUGCUGCAGCAGCUGAUGCAGCAUCUCCCCUAACUUCUGCUGCUGCAAAUGAUGCAGCAGCUGCAACAAAAUCUGCUGCAGCAGAGACGGCUCCACCCCUUCCGGAAGGUGCUGCUCCAUCACCCGACGCUGCCGCUGCAGCAGCUCCUGCAUCAGAUACUGCUGCAACAGGUGCUGCUGCGGCAGCUCCUGCAGCAGAUACUGCUGCAGCAGAUGCUGCUGCAGCAGCUCCUGCAGCAGAUGCUGCUGCGGCAGGUCCUGCAGCAGAUACUGCUGCAGCAGAUGCUGCUGCAGCAGCUCCUGCAGCAGAUGCUGCUGCAGCAGCUCCUGCAGCAGAUGCUGCUGCAGCUCCUACAGCAGAGUCUGCUGCAGCUGGUGCAGCAGAGGCUGCAGCAGCUUCCCCAUCGGAGGCGGCUGCUGGUCCCGCAGCAGCGGCUGCUGCAGCUCCGUCGGAAGACACUGCUGCAGCUUCCGCGUCGGAAGCUGCUGCAGCAAAGGCCGCCACAGCAGCAGCAGCAGCAGCAGCAGCAGAGAGCGGGGCGCUUCCCGCCGUGGAUCUUCCGCCGGACUUCAAGUGGGAGCUGCCGGCUCGCUCGCGGAAGAAGUCCAAAGAUGUGUUCAAGUCCUUUGCACUGGACUUGCAGGAGAAGCUGGCGCUGCAGGCUUCUGGAAAAGCUGCUGCGAAGAAGCAGCGGCAGCUGGGGGGCUUUGCUGCUGCUGCUGCUGCUGCUGCUGCUGAGGGCCUCAGCAGCAAAAUGUGCAGCCGAGUGCUGGUGCGGGUGGUGCAGCAGCCGUCGGCAGGCUCUGUGUUCUUCUCCUCCGUGAUGGCCCGGCUGGGCUCGGCUUUCCGCAAGCUGCGAGCCGCAGGCCGCGUCGUGAAGUUGAAAAUAAAUAAACUUUUUGGGUCUAAGGGGAAGAAGAAGUCCAGCAGCAAAGCAGUGGUGUGGAUCAAGAAGAUGGCCGGCAAGGCCUGGGCGCGCAUGUGCGCGCUGCUCAAACGCGUCUUGACCACUGUCAUCCGCUUUCUUCCUUUGAUUCUUUUCAUCACCAACAUUGCUUUUGUGUCGGUCUCCGUCGUUUCUUUCGUGGCUGCGCCCAACCCGCUGAGUCUGCUGGCCAUGAUUUCCACAGUCGUGAAUCUGCUGUCUUUCGUCUUCAACAGCGCCAUGCAGAUGCACAUGAAGGAAGUCACGCAGCAGUCUUUGGGCGAAAACUCCGAAGAAAAAGACAUGGAGCUUUUCGGCCUCAGGUGGGGCGAGUUGACUGCGGAAGAGGCCCUGGCGGGCGAAGACUUGAAGCAGCGGGAGCUCGAAGAGGAAGUGAACUCUUCUGCGGCGAAGACCGAAAGCAAGCCCCAGAAAGAAGACACCACAAGACCCACAGAGCCCUCUCCUGAGGCUGAGACGGCAGCUGCCUCUGAGGCAGAGGGAGAACAGCAGCAAGGCGCCCCGCAGCGAAGAGCUGCAGAGCCCGGAGCAGCAGCGCAAAGCGCAGCAGCAGCAGCAGCAGCAGCAGCAGCAGCAGCAGCAGCAGAAGAAGCGAAAGCUGUGGAAAGCUCCGCCUCCCUGGCACCAGGAGAAAGCCAAACCUCCGAAGGCCAACAAACUCCGACAACUCCAGAAGACGUGCGUCAGAUCAUGCUGAAACGCAUCAAGGAGAACAAAGCGCAGGUCAGUUUCGAGAAGGCGAAGGCCCAAUUCAAGAAAGCCAAGGCCGAAAAAGCAAAAGGAAAAAGAAGAGCUUGGAAACUGGCAAAGACCAGCGUCAGACUCACCGCAGAAGCUCUUAACGUUGGACUUCACAAAGUGCUCGCGCGCUUCGGCAAAGCCUGGCAGUGGGCAAUGGAGGUUGGCCUCAGGAAGAUCAUCCGGCAUUUUCGCAUGCUGAAGCUGUUUGGAGUUGUGGCAGCUUGGUUUGAAAAGGCAGAAACAUUUAUUCGUUGGUUUGGGGGCGAAGGAAAGUUUUACUUUGCCAUUUUCGACACUUUCAGGGGCUCUGCUUCCUUUUUAGUUCAGAAUGCUGACAAGAUUUCCGCCUUGGUCCGGGGCACCAUUCACUUUUCCGUCUCUGCGCUGGACUCCACUCUGUUUCUCGCCAUGCUUUUAAACGCAAUCACCAAACCCGUUUAUGGCCUUUACUUCGCCUACCAAGGAAUGCUCGAAGACAAGACAAGAGUGCAGGCGCUCGAAGAGUUCCAGUCAAACAAAAAGGCUCUAACCAACUUCUUGCUGGGCAGUGCAGCCGUGCAAGCACAAAUGGGGUAA